UGGGGCCUCGUGACGUCACAGCUGCAUCCUGUGUUUACAUUUUCAAAUUGAACGAGAUAAGGCGCACAGGAAGUGUUUUCGAGUCAUUUUGGAAUUCAGGUCUUCUAAAUAAGACUGAGCAGCAACAAUGGGUAACUUCACAAGCAAGCAUCUAGAAGAGGUUCUGAAGCCAACAAAAUCACAAGAAACGCCCAAGUCGCAAGUUUUGCCCUUUGACCCACGCUCCCCAUCAGAUGACAUCACAAGGACACCAAUAGCUGUCUCAAACACCCCUGGUACCAGUAGUUCAGAGUCAACACCCAGAGAUGGAAAGGUCGUCAGAGUUUUGCAGCUUGAUCCUCGAUCUCCAAAUGUUGAGGUCAGUCGCACACCUAUUGUUAUUGAAACCAAUGAAACUCGUCGACGAAACUAUGCCCUAAAACCAUCCAAGCUUGCUCAACUUGACACUGAAAAUAAACCUGACAACAUGGAAGAUGGUGAAGAUCAGGAUCCAAGAUCACCUACCACCAAAGUGCCAAGAACACCUCUGGAAGAUAAAGUUCAUGUCUUUGAAGACUCACAGCCAGUGAAAGAAAACAAGGAAGAUGAUAAUAGCAAACAGGAAGAGGUAAAAGAUGAAAACCACAAGAAGAAUCAAGAGAAUACACUUGUUAAAAAGCUCUUCAUUGAUGAGGGAUCUUCAGAAAAGCCAAGGCGGCCACUUGCCUCUGUCCAGAACACCACUGCUGGCAAGACACCCCGUGGACUCAUCCAAGCCAAGCAGUGCAGGAAUGUUGAGGAAGAGUACAACAAGAAUCACCAGCUCAUCCUCACACAGUUGACAGACCAAGAGAAUACUGUGACAUCAAGCACACAGUUUGUAGAGAGUAUCUAGAGGCUUCUUACUAUUUUGCUUUUCUUUUCUCUUGUAUCUCCUAUGACUUGUUAUUAUUGAUAUUAUUAUUUUAUUUGUAUUAAUAUUAUUUACUUCUAUUCCUGAGCUCCAUUGUAAUGAUGCACCAUUUUGUGCCUUCCUUUUUCUGUCACUUUAUGGUUUAAUGAUUGUUAAGCCCAGCUACAUGCAUAAGAAAUUAAUGCAAUAACUGGUAAUAAUGUGUCAAUCAUCUGGUAAUGAGGCAGCAUGUAAAAAGCAAUAGAUUAGAGCUGAAGACAUUAUAUUUUUUUGUUACAUUAUUUAAUUUACAAAUUUGUAUGUUAUUAAAAAAGGGAAAUGUACUUACAUAUUUUCUUUUAAAUGGGCAAUUCAAUCUUGGAGAGACUUAUUCUUUAUCAGUUUAUUAACAUGAACUUUUGAAAGUUGUCUAUAUCACUGUAUACAAAAUUGCAAGGUUUCAUGUAUAAAAGAAUUACUUUUUAUUUAGCCAAUUGUAGGGGGGGAAACUUGGUUCUUGUUAGGUAAUGUUUUUGUUAUCAUUUUUAUUUUUAUUAUUUUUUCCUUGGUUAUUGCUAUAAUGUGUUCUGUUAUUUUUGGUGCUUGGGUUUGUUUUCAUUUAUGCUUUUCUAAUGUUAUACUGCUUGUAGAUGGAUUUUUUUUUUUUUUUGCAAUUUUCCUUUCUUAACAAGUAGGCCUAUGUAUGGUUGUGCCAAGGAAAGAAACUAGUCCUCAACUAAUAUAACUUCUUUAGUCUAUCACCUGGAUCCUAACAGUUCAUUCUAUUGUAGUUUCUCUUAUAAUACUCAUGCUGUGGUAAGUGAAAUGUAAAUAUUUGGAAAUGUGAAUAAACUUUUCUUUGUUUAA